UUGGUCAAAAAAAAAAAAAAAAAGGAGAUAGAAAGCACCCCAAAAAUCCACGCUUUACUUUAUUCUUGAAAAAAAGGCCUUGAAGAACACUGAAACAAAACGAGUUAAACUGUGUACAGUUAAAACACUCUGCCUCUAGAUCUCUGUCUCCCCCUUCUCUCCCUUUCAAACCAAACCAAAAAAAUUUCUGACAAACUGUAAAGAAACAUGAACCCGAUGCCCAUCUGCUCUUCAUCUUCCUCUUCUUCUUCUUCGUCGUCUUCUUCUUCAACAGCUAAAGCUUGGAUAGUUCACAGCAUUUUAGCCGGCACAGCAAUUGCUGCAGCCAUUGGUGUACGUGCUUAUCUGGGUCGUGCCAGGAAGUUCCGGACCCGGGUCGUGGGCAUUAUACCCGCCAGGUUUGCCUCUUCUCGGUUCGAAGGCAAGCCUUUGGUUCAUAUCCUUGGAAAACCCAUGAUCCAGAGAACUUGGGAAAGGUCAAAAUUGGCAACCACCUUGGAUCAUCUAGAUAGAAAGAUUGCAGAAUCAUGUGCGGAUUGUUCUGAUGUGAUAAUGACAUCAGAGUCUUCUCGAAAUGGCACUGAAAGAUGUUAUGAAGCACUUGAAAAGCUAGAGAAGAAGUAUGACAUUGUUGUGAAUAUUCAGGGGGAUGAACCUCUUAUUGAGCCUGAGAUAAUAGAUGGAAUUGUUAAAGCUCUGCAGGCAGCACCAGAUGCAGUGUUUAGCACUGCUGUCACCUCUUUGAAACCUGAAGAUGCUUUUGAUCCAAAUAGAGUGAAAUGUGUGGUAGAUAAUCGUGGCUAUGCUAUUUAUUUCUCUAGAGGACUGAUUCCAUUUAACAAAUCAGCGAAAGUCAAUCCACAGUUUCCAUACUUGCUUCAUCUUGGAAUUCAGAGCUAUGAUUCAGAGUUUCUAAAAAUAUAUCCAAAGCUUCAGCCUACUCCACUGCAACUUGAAGAAGAUCUAGAACAGCUUAAAGUCCUUGAGAAUGGCUAUAAGAUGAAGGUCAUAAAGGUUGAUCACGAGGCUCAUGGAGUUGACACACUUGCAGAUGUGGAGAAGAUCGAAUCUCUAAUGCGCGAGAGAAACUUGUCUUAGUUCAAAGAGAACUCAAAUCAGACAUUUAUAAUUGAAUCUCUUAUGGAAUAGGUUAUAUCAUUAUAUGUUUUUUUACUUACAUUAUUUAGGAAAGAAUUACUUACAUUAUUUAGGAAAGAAAGGAAGAAUGACCACCAUAAAAUUCCUUGUAGCACUCUUUGUUGGUGAAGAUAUGAUAGACCUGUCACUUAAUCUU